UCCUGUCCCAUGUCUUCUACCGCCAGCUGUGGGGGGAUAGAGGAGGGCAGGGGAAGGGAAGUGAGACAGAAGGCAGGCACACCAAGAGCACAAGGAAGCUGAAGAGGCCCUGGGGACCCAUCCCCCACAGCUCCGACAGCAGCGACUCCAGCAGCUUCAGCCAGUCUCCCCCUCCCAGCAAGCAGGACUCUUCUGAUGACAUGAGGAAAGUCCAACGGAGGGAGAAGAAUCGCAUUGCUGCCCAGAAGAGUCGCCUGAGGCAGACCCAGAAAGCAGACACGCUGCACUUGGAGAGCGAAGACCUGGAGAGGCAGAACGCUGCCCUGCGCCGGGAGAUCAAGCAGCUGACAGAGGAGAUGAAGCACUUUGCCUCGAUGCUGAGCUCCCACGAACCGAUCUGCUCCAUCCUGACCUCGCCGCCGCCAGACGUGCUUUAUGGCACACACUCCUUCCACCAGCCCCACAUCAGCUCCCCACGCUUCCAGCACUGAGCCAGCCAGCGGGACUGCAGCCUGCCGGCUCCACCAAUGGCAAGAAGCAACUUUGUGGGGCUCGCUUUUUCAUCCAAG